CGCUGCGCACAGAGCCGAGGCGCUCCCUGACGCAGACGCACGCACGAGCAACCAGAAGCAGUUUCGCUCAACUUUUGCCAGUCUUUUUGAGGAUGUUCAAACAAACUUCUUUAUACUUAGACCGCUCCUGCCUACGCAAAGCCGCUUCCUCGUAGACUUAACAUUUUUUUCUCUUUACGCGUUGACCAAGACUUAACCCGAAGUGCAGCUGGUGAGAAUAUGUGCGAGAGGCGAACGGAGCAGGGCACGGGCUGUCUUUGGUCCUUCAGGGAGAAACAGUUUGGACUAAACACGAAUUAAUGUGGACUUUAUCGGAGCCCAAAGGCGGAACGACGACCGGACACAGCGCUUCCUCGUCAGGGACUGACUGAUCAUGGUCGCCGUGGUCCGCUCUCUUAUGGUACUGCUGCUGGCUCAGGUGUUGCUGGGAGGUGCAUCGGGACUUAUCCCUGAGGUUGGCCGGAGGAAGUACAGUGAAUCCGGGAAGCAGAGUCCACAGCAGUCGGAGAACUUUCUAAACGAGUUCGAGCUCCGGCUUCUCAAUAUGUUUGGACUGAAGCGCAAGCCGAACCCCAGCAAACACGCAGUGGUGCCGCAGUACAUGCUGGACCUGUACCAUAUGCACUCAGCCAACGGAGAGCACGGCACCAAGCGGCCCCGGAGCAUGGGGAAGCACGCGGAGAAGGCCGCCAGCAGGGCCAACACGAUUAGAAGCUUUCACCAUGAAGAGGCCAUGGAGGCGCUGGCCAGCCUGAAAAGCAAAACAACUCAACAGUUUUACUUCAACCUGACCUCAGUGCCUGAGGAGGAGCUGAUCACGUCUGCAGAACUACGCAUCUACAGAAAUGAGGUCCAGAGCCCCCCCUCCUCCAACAGCAGCAGUGGGCAGAGCGCCCCCUCCUCCAGCACCAGCAAUGGGCUUCACCGCAUUAACAUUUAUGAGCUCUUUGGACACGCGGGCGCAGACCAGCCUCUGGCCCGUCUCCUGGACACUCGCCUGGUGCAGGACUCUGUGAGUCGCUGGGAGAGUUUCGACGUGAGUCCAGCCGUCGCCCAGUGGACUUCUGGGAAAAGUCACAACCGUGGCUUCAUGGUGGAGGUGCUUCACCCAGAGGAGGGGGAGGAGCACAGACAUAGACAUGUAAGGGUGAGCCGGUCCCUGCACCAGGACCAGGACUCAUGGGCUCAGGCACGCCCCCUCCUGGUCACAUAUGGACAUGACGGGCGCGGGGACGCUGUGCUGCACAGGCGGGACAAACGCCAGGCCACACUCCGCAAACAGAGGAGGAAACAGAACAAAGCCAGCUGCAGGAGACAUGACCUGUACGUGGACUUUAGUGAUGUGGGCUGGAACGAGUGGAUAGUAGCUCCUCCGGGGUACCACGCCUUCUACUGCCAGGGGGAGUGCCCCUUUCCUUUAGCGGACCAUCUGAACUCUACCAAUCACGCCAUAGUUCAGACUCUGGUGAACUCAGUCAACUCAAACAUUCCCAGAGCCUGUUGUGUGCCCACGGACCUCAGCCCCAUCUCUCUGCUCUACCUGGACGAGUACGAGAAGGUCAUUCUGAAAAACUACCAGGACAUGGUGGUGGAGGGCUGUGGCUGCCGGUGAGACUACCAUAGACACUAGAGUGGACCUCAGAAAAGACUUUAGGUUAAAAUGGACACCCAGUUUCCCAAUGAAGACAUUUAUUUAUGAGAAAAACUAUACAGAGCUAUCAAAGAAGAAAUAUAUAUCAAUAUAUUUAUGUCUAAAUGUAAAGUUGGGAAAUUUUUAUCAAAGGAAUAUUCCUUUACUGGUUUUAAAAAUGUAUUUCAGAUGUACAUUUUUAAAUAGGGUGCAAUACCACAUGAAGUAUAUUGCUGAGAUUUUUAUUUUGUAUUUAUUUCUAUAAUAACCACUUUGUAA